AUGUUUAUUCAUGUCUCAUGUCGCCUCCCGCUACAUCUUCAAGGUUACAACGAUGGCGUUAACUUCCACAGAGUAGUCCCUGGAUUUCUUGUCCAGACUGGAGACAGAAUAAACGGAGGCGGAGGAGAAUCAUUUUAUGGUGAUGGGUUCGAGGACGAAAUACAUCCCAGAUUGCACUUUGCCCACCGUGGACCACUUGGUAUGGCCAAUAACGGCCAGAAGAAAGCCAGUUUUUCAUUACCUUAG